UCAAACACUAAACAGAGACAGAUAGUAUAAAUUAAUCACGUGUGAUCACAACUCACGUGCAAGUAUGUACAAACAUUGUGUGCAAUAAUGCGUCUAGACUUUAAAUACAGAAUAAAAACAUGAAACAAACACAUAAAAAGUAAAUGAUUCAUGGUUUGUGUUGGUUUGUGUUAGUAUUGAAGUAAAAAUAAGUGCUAUUUUAUAUAAUAGUUAAAAAUUUAACAUGUCAGCAAUAAGAACAGUAACUAAAUACGUUGAUGAUGCAAGAGUAAUAUACAAAGCACUAAAUGGUGUAGUUGUGUUGUAUAAACCUCCAGUUUUACAUUUCAACAAUGUAAGAGAAACAGUGAUCAGCAACUUAUGCAGAGAAUUAAAUGAUAUGCAUACAAGACCACCAAUGAAACAUGUAGCUAUUGAAGGAGAAACCAAUAAACCUAUGAAAGUUGUUGUUCGAAAUAGCCUUGCUGAUCACCCAUUAGUAAUAGGACCUCGUUAUCAACCAAACGACUUUAGAAUGGGAGCUACAAAAAUUAUGCAGAAAGAUGUGUCCGGCGUUUUGGUUUGUGGAAUCAAUGCGGGUAAUCAGUUGAUACAUAAAAUAAAAACAUCUCAAAGUUUAAGGUUCUACAAGAUAAAGGGAUUAUUAGGAGAAGCAACAGAUAAUUAUUUUCAUACUGGGAAAGUAGUAGAAAAAUCUACAUAUGCACAUGUGAGACGUGGUCACAUUGAUAAGUUAUGUAGCUCGAUGCAAUCUACACAUCAAAGAAAAAUGUUUGAAUUGUGUGGUGUAGAUAUUCAGAGCCAAGCUGCAUAUGAAUUAGCAGUUAAAGGUCUACUUAGACCAACAGAUUCUAAUAUCCCUAUGAUAUACACAGUUAAAUGUGUAGACUUUUCACCUCCAGAAUUUAUGUUAGAAGUUGUUUGUACAAAUGAAACUGAUUUGUAUUUAAAAGCCACAAUUCAUGAUCUAGGACUAAAGCUGCGUAGUAAUGCUACUUGUACUCAAGUACUUUGUAUACAAGAUGGUUUAUUUAAUAUAAAGCAUGCACUGUUAACAAAGCACUGGACUUUACAGAACAUUGUAACCAACAUACAAAUGUGUCAAAAUGUCAUAAAUCAGAAUGAGCAUAUAUUACAUCAAAAAAAUCCUGCAUUAAUAGAACCUAACAAUUACAUAGAUACCAUUGAAUAACUAAAUAUUAAAUAAACAUAUUUAUUAUUUCU